CCGGGGCGGUUGGCGGCGCGCGGUGGGGAGGUUGAGGUGGAGGGGCGCGCGGUCCGCCCCGCGGUAACGGUUACCGCCGGGCGCCGCGGACCGUGUCCUGUGGCAGCCUUGCCGGCCUUGCUGUGCCGGCUGUGGCACCGCGCGGGGACUCCCCGUGCCCCCUUGACCAACGUUAGACGUGGGGCCGAGCCCGCCGCCCGCCCCCCAGCAUGCGCACCUCGUACACGGUGACCCUGCCCGAGGAGCCCCCGGCCGCCCCCUUUCCCGCCCUCGCCAAGGAGCUGAGGCCGCGCUCCCCUCUCUCCCCGUCCCUGCUGCUCUCCACCUUCGUGGGGCUUCUGCUCAACAAAGCCAAGAAUUCUAAGAGUGCCCAGGGUCUGGCUGGUCUUCGAAACCUUGGGAACACGUGCUUCAUGAACUCGAUUCUGCAGUGCCUGAGCAACACCCGGGAGCUGAGAGAUUACUGCCUCCAGAGGCUCUAUAUGCGGGACCUCAGCCACACCAGCAAUGCACACACAACCCUCAUGGAAGAGUUUGCAAAACUAAUCCAGACCAUAUGGACUUCAUCCCCCAAUGAUGUGGUGAGCCCUUCUGAGUUCAAGACCCAGAUCCAGAGAUAUGCACCACGCUUCGUUGGUUAUAAUCAGCAGGAUGCUCAGGAGUUCCUCCGCUUUCUUCUGGAUGGGCUCCACAAUGAGGUGAACCGAGUCACAGUGAGGCCUAAGUCCAACCCUGAGAACCUUGAUCAUCUCCCUGAUGAUGAAAAAGGGCGACAGAUGUGGAGGAAAUAUCUAGAACGAGAAGACAGUCGGAUUGGGGAUCUCUUUGUUGGGCAGCUAAAGAGCUCCCUGACAUGUACCGACUGUGGUUACUGCUCUACAGUCUUUGAUCCCUUCUGGGACCUCUCACUGCCCAUUGCUAAGCGAGGUUAUCCUGAAGUAACACUAAUGGACUGCAUGAGGCUCUUCACCAAAGAGGAUGUGCUUGAUGGUGAUGAAAAGCCAACAUGCUGUCGCUGCCGAGCCAGAAAAAGAUGUAUAAAGAAGUUCUCCAUCCAGAGGUUCCCAAAGAUCUUGGUGCUCCACCUGAAGCGGUUCUCAGAAUCCAGGAUACGAACCAGCAAGCUCACAACAUUUGUGAAUUUCCCACUAAAAGACCUGGACUUGAGAGAAUUUGCCUCAGAAAACACCAACCACGCUGUUUACAACCUGUAUGCUGUGUCCAAUCACUCCGGAACCACCAUGGGCGGCCAUUAUACAGCCUACUGCCGAAGUCCAGUGACAGGCGAAUGGCACACUUUCAAUGACUCCAGUGUCACGCCCAUGUCCUCCAGCCAAGUCCGCACCAGCGACGCCUACUUGCUCUUCUACGAGUUGGCCAGUCCACCCUCCCGUAUGUAGCAGCAAGGAGCUACAGCCCUUCCCCCUUCCCCGUGGUGGCCCCACACCCUAAGUUUUUUAAAAAGACAAAAAAAAAAACAACAACAACAAAAAAAAAAAACCUGACAAAUAAGAGAAAAAUAAACUAAAAUAAAGCUGCUGAGCAGGAGUUGAUGCAGCCUGGUCAGGGUCUGGAGCAAGGAGCUGGGUGCCCCCAAGCCAUGGCCUGGCGGGAAGAUCCACUGGACACAGAGACCGGAGUCAGCACAGUGCUCCCUCGGCUUCUCUUGUGUGCAUUUUUAAGCUUGUGGUUUUUUCCUGUGUGUAAUAAACAACAGCAGUCUGUGGGGAGAAGAUCUUCGUCCACCUGCCGUCCUCUCCAGCCCCUGCGCCUCCUGGGAAGACAGCGCCCUCUGGAGCCUUCUGGGAGCAUCAUUGCCUGAAUCAUGGCACCGUUGAGGAGCUGGCGCCUGUCUCUACCUGGACCUGCUCACCGGUCCAGAGCAGGAAGCACCCAUGAGCCAAGAGCCCUCUUAACGCUGCUAACUCCAAGGGCACAGGCAAGGGGACAUCUUUGAGGAAAGCUGGUUUGGGUUUUUUUUUUAAUGCCCAGCUUUUUUUACUUACAGUAAUGAAAGUGUUCGGACUGGAGACCCUCUCCUCCACACCUCUUCACAGCUGGCAUGUUGGGCUGGUCCUUUUUGUGUAAUUCUUCAAGUAGAACUUUCCCAGUGCUAGCCCCCUGUGGUGCUAGGCGGGGUUGGCCAGGCCCAAGCACACCACAGUAGACCUGGGAUCUAAACAAGUUUUUGUUUUGGGUUUUUCAUUUUGUUUUGGAUGGAAUCUAGUUGCCUCCAAGAAUUGUGCCUUAUAGCAUUUGGGGACCAGGGGGUAACUGCCCCUCCCUGAAAUAUCCCUCAGUCCCUUCCCUUUUCCCCAGUGCCAUGUUCAAACCCACUGGGGGAAAUAGGGUCCCGCCCUGAGCCCCUGGUACGUUGUGCAUUGCAGUGAGGCUAAGAGGGAAGUAGGUAAAACGAUUUCUUACGAUAGUGUAUCAGUCCUUCCUGCCCGCCACCUCUUACCUACCCUGGUCUACUCCCUAGCUGUUUGAAGGAUAGCACAAGCCCCCUGUCCCUCGAGCUUCUCUCCUUUAAUUUAUUCUCUUUUAACAUCCCUUUCCCCUUGCCUUCCUGCCACCUGCCCCUUCUCAGAGCCUCCUAGACACAGGCCCUCUGGACCGAGUUUCUCAGGGAUGCCCAUGCCACCCCUCAGCUCCUCUUGGUGUUGGCCUUUGGUCCUUCCUUAGGAGCUGGAGCCUGGGUGUCUGGGGACAUCUUGCCUCUGUUGUAUGAUUCCUGGGUUUUGCCCUAAGUUGUUAGACAAAACUCCAUGCCAUCCCAGAGAGCAAAGUUGUUCAGCACUGAGGCAUGGAGCACUGUGCACUUUGCACACCCCACAGCUGGGCCCAGCCUGUGCCCCAGGGAGCCUGGACCAUCCCAGUGCUCCUGGGACCAGGCACCAGAGAAAGACACCCUGAGUUUUACCUGGCCUGACACCCUUUUCUAGGGAAGACCUGUGAAUCUGAGCCCAAGGGCUGGUGUACACUUGUUUACUGUGUAAGCAAGAGUAGAAGAAUGUCUAAUGUACAGUGGAAC